AUGCCUCAGUCUCGACCCAUCUCUAAAGCGGCGCUUCGGUUAAGCCGAUCCGCUGUGCGUUUGACGUCGUCGACGAAAUCCUGCGGCUCAUCCGCAAUCCACAUAGCCUCGAUUACAUCUAAAAACAUUUAUCGAAAUGUGCCGCGUGUCACUGUUGAUUGUGUUCAGUUGAAAAAGACAGCACGAAAACACCAUGGUAACUCUAUCACAAGAGGUAAUCUCCGUUGGAGUGAUGUUCGAUGCAGACGAGAUCAACUGAGGCAUAAAGAGGAGCGACAAAGGGAAAAAGAUCUUGACUCCUAUAGAGAAAAACAUCCCAAUAAACCUGUUUCGAAGCGAGCUGUUGCGGAUACGGUAAAAAAGCCGAAACAAGCCGAAAGUACAAUAAGCAUCAAAUCAAAGGACGGGAGUCAGAAGGAGGUCGUGUCAGGAAGCAGUGAUGCAAAAGAAGCAGAAACUAUGGGACAGUUCGAAGCACGUGUAGCGCAAGCAUACGCUUGCAAGCCAUUAGAGCGAAUAAAGGAAGAAUCGACACAAUCGACACCUGUUCGGAAUAAACGACUGGAUACUGUAUCAGUGACGGCCUCUUUCGAGACAUUACAACGAAAUGACUCUAAGGUUAACGUAUUCCCAGCGGAUAAAAUGGAAGAAAUCGACCUCAAUCCUGGGCUAAAUAGUGUCAUCAACCUGGAGACCAUUUAA